AUGUCUCCACCUUUGCAUCCCCAGCUCGAGGCGCUUAAUCUCUCCCUGCGGGAUCCUGAGGCGUUCUGGGCUGACCCUGCAGCCCGCAUCCACUGGCACCGCAAACCCUAUAAAGCCCUAACCCGUCGCCGUAAGACGCUGCCCAGCGGCGUUGAGCACGAGCACUGGUCUUGGUUCCCAGGUGGCGAGCUCUCCACUACCUACAAUUGUGUAGACCGCCAUGUCCUAGCCGGCCGCGGCUCGGACGUAGCCAUCGUCUGGGAAUCGCCCGUCACCAACACAACCGAAAAGUACACAUACCAACAGCUCCUCGAUGAAGUCGAAGUGCUCGCCGGCGUACUGCAAGAGGAGGGCGUCCGCAAAGGCGACGUAGUGAUUAUCUACAUGCCCAUGAUCCCAGCCGCACUCAUCGCAGCCCUCGCAAUAACCCGCCUGGGCGCCAUCCACUCCGCCGUAUUCGGCGGCUUCGCAGCAACCUCCCUCGCGCAACGCAUCGAGGCUGCCCGCCCCAAAGCCAUAAUGACCGCUUCCUGCGGCAUCGAAGGCACCAAGGGCGCAAUCGCGUACAGGCCACUCGUCGAAGGCGCAAUCGCCGCCUCAACCUUCAAGCCCCUCAAGACCAUCAUCUGGCAGCGCGACCAGCUGCGCUGGCACCACCCUGACCGGCUAAGCGGGCAGCGGCCGUGGCAGCGGCUUGUGAAAAGCGCGCGGGCGCGCGGGAUCAGGGCGGCGGCUGUGCCAGUUGCGAGUGCGCACCCGCUGUAUAUCAUCUAUACGAGCGGGACGACCGGGUUGCCGAAGGGCGUGGUGCGGGAGGCCGGGGGCCAUGCGGUGGGGUUGGAAUUGUCUAUUCGCUCCCUGUUCGGGAUCAAGGGACCGGGCGAUGUGAUGUUCUGCGCGUCGGAUAUCGGGUGGGUGGUUGGGCACUCGUAUAUCCUUUACGCGCCGCUGCUAGUUGGGGCGACGACGGUGUUGUACGAGGGGAAGCCGGUGGGAACGCCGGACGCGGGUGCGUUCUGGAGAGUUGUCGAGAAGAAUGCCGUGAAUGUGCUCUUUACGGCGCCGACGGCGCUGCGGGCUAUCCGGAAGGAAGAUGGCGGGAAUGUGUUGUUUCGGGAGGUGGCGCGGCGUGGAGGGUUGAAGAGUCUGCGGGCGCUGUUUUUGGCCGGGGAACGCAGUGAGCCGAGCAUUGUGCGUGAAUACCAGGAGUUGCUGGCGGAGUAUGCGGCGAAGGGGGCGCUGGUGGUGGAUAAUUGGUGGUCGUCUGAGUCCGGGUCUCCGAUCUCCGGGGUUGCGGUGAAUGCGGGGGCGGCAGUUCCUGGCCUUGGGGGAGAAGGUGUUGCUCCUCUUGCCAUCCGGCCGGGCUCCGCUGGUCUGCCUAUGCCGGGUUUUGACGUGAGGAUUGUUGACGAUGAAGGGGUGGAAGUCCCCAGAGGUACGAUGGGAAAUAUUGUCAUGGCGGCGCCGCUGGCACCGACUGCUUUUACUACUCUUUUCGAGGAUGAGGAGAGGUUCUACCGUGGAUAUCUGAAGAGGUUUAAUGGGCGAUGGUUGGAUACAGGAGAUGCCGGGUUGAUUGAUGAGGAUGGAUACGUGCAUAUCAUGUCGAGAUCGGACGAUGUGAUAAAUGUAGCGGCUCAUCGGUUCAGCACUGGCCAAAUCGAGCAGACCAUACUCUCACAUCCAUCAAUCAGUGAGGCCAGCGUCGUCGGUAUCCCCGACUCAUUAAAGGGCCACCUACCCUUUGCGUUUAUCCAAUUGAAAGCCGACGCAGACAACAAUGCAGAGGGGGCGCUCCCAGCAACAGCUCCGCCCGAGCUGACAAAAGAGGUCAACACCCUGGUGCGUGAGCAAAUAGGCGCCAUCGCCACAUUAGGCGGUAUUAUCCAGGGCCGAGGGAUGAUUCCCAAGACCCGGAGCGGAAAGACUCUGCGCCGGGUUUUGCGAGAACUCCUGGAGAAUGGGACGCAAGGCAACUUUGAAAAACCCGUCAACGUCCCGCCUACUGUUGAGGACGCCGCGGUGGUGGAGGUUGCAAGAGGGAGGGUUAAGGAGUACUUCGAAGCGAAGGCGAAGACGAAGGCGAAGCUUUGA